UUGCUUCUCUCUGAUAUGAUAAUAACUAGUUUACAGGGUUUAUUGUAAUUUUGCUUCAUUUCACUCUAAAACUGUGAGACUAAACUGGGACUUGUUUGGGUUUCAACAAGUUCCUGUGUGUGAACAUGGUGACAGUCGGCAUGUUGCUGAUUGUCCUCUUUGUUCCAGCUGCUUUGGCUGAUUGUCCUGAUGAUGCAGCACUCUUUAUAACUGCAUCAAAGAAGCUGGAAGCACUGAGUGGAUCUUGUUUGCAAAUCCCAUGUAGCUUCAGACCCAAAGAAGAACAGAGAUUUAACAGCACAAGAAAAACCUUUGGAGUGUGGAUUAAAAACAAUUCUGAUAUUACCAAAAUCAAAAACAAUGUGAUCUUCAACAGUAAUGGAGCAGUUAGCAUCUAUCCAAUGAGUAUUACUGGGAACCUGAGUCAGAGAGACUGCACCACUCUGUUUUCUAAUUUAACCACAAACUACACAGACACAUACUUCUUCAGAGUAGAGAGUGAAACAUUGAAGUCAACAGCUGCUUGUGAUCCUCUUCAAAUAACAGUCAGAGAUUCUCCUUGGAGGCCCAAUAUUACAAUCCCAGGUGAUCUGAAGGAGAAGGAGUCUGUCACUAUAACCUGCUCAGCUCUCACUCCCUGUCCACACUCCCCUCCUCAACUCACCUGGAAUCUCCAACAAGACUCUCACAACAAAAUAGAGGAAAACACAGAUGGAAGCUUUACAACUAAAAUCCAGCAGACCAUCACUCUGUCAGACACACAUGAUGGAAAGAAGAUCAGCUGCUCUGCCAGAUAUCCUGUGAACCAAGGAAAAGACACCAAGACAGCAGAGACAGAAGAGACUCUCAGUGUUUCAUAUGCUCCUAAAGACACCUCAGCAUCCAUCAGGCCAUCAGGUUUGGUGUCAGCAGGCAGCUGGGUGAACCUGACCUGCUCCAGCAGAGCCAAACCUCCAGUCAGCAGCUUCACCUGGUUCAAGAAGAGCAGAGAUGGAGCUGUGAAAGUAUCUGAAGGAGAGAUUUACAGCUUCAAUGUAACAGAUGGAGGAGUUUAUUACUGUGUGGCCACUAAUGAUCUGGGUAAUCAGACAUCAGCAGAGAUUAAUGUGACUGAAGGUGGAAACCUGGUUGGUGUCUACACUAUAGUGAAGACUGUGGGAAUCAUAAUGCUCGUGAGCACACUGAUGGUUUUUGUGUGCUGGUUCAGAUCCAGACACUCCAACAGUCCAGAAACUGAAAUCUGUCAGAUGAGCAGAGUCACAUCACAACACAUCAACUGAAGCUUCUGCAGGAGGACAAACUCCACCUCAAAAUAUCUCUAAAUUCACUGCAGUGAUCUUCAACACUUUUGGUUUGAGAGUAGAGAUGAUGUUGCAGGAAUUGAGACAUUUCCUUUGUGGACAAGUUCAUGCCGCUCCUCAACUGGACUGAACAUUUUAAAUAGGACCUGCUUCACUCUAAGGUCAAGCAUUUUAUCCAUGAACACUGAUCUAAUCCUACACUUAUGUAAGACUGCUGCAGCAUGAUGCUUGGACAAUCCUGGCAGUUUCCACUCUCUUACAGUUUCAGCUGUUUUCCUAACAUUAGUAUUAGAUUCAGAAUCAGACUCAUCUUUAUUUGGCCAAGUUUGUGCACACAAACAAGGAAGAAGUUACAGAAAGUCUUAAGAAACAGUGGUCUGUAGCACCUGCCUGAAGGCAGCAGUUUGAACAGUUAUUUCUGGGAUGUGAGGCGUCUGCAGUGAUGUUUCCACCUGUUUCUUUAUCCUGGUCUUGUACAGGUCCUGGAUGGAGGGAAGAUCCUCUCUGCAGACCCGACUAUCCGUUGAAGUCUGGCCUCUAAACAGCUUUUCCACUGAUAACUACUGCCCCCUUUGUGGAACUUUGCCAAAACAAUUACAAAGAUUUGAAUCCCCCGAGGUGCUCAGGCUGUGGUGGGGGAAUAUCAGUGAUUUACAAGUGCAACUUAAGUUGUCACCCAUUUACUCUGAGCUCAUAUCAUCCCUUCCAAUCCAAGUAUGAAAAUCUAUUUUGGUGUAUUAUUUUCCACCAACCUCCUAAAUCCUGUGAUGACUUCCUGAAUUAAUUCUGUCAUCUGUUUUCAUAUAUUGUCAAAUUUGACCAAUUCCCUUUUGUUGGUAAUUGUGAUUUAAACACUGAUGAUAGUGCAGGAUGGUAAUGGUCCCACACAUAACAGCGAGCACCCCAUGAUCGUGAUUUUACUCCCAUCUUAUCCAUAACCUCCCUGCAUAUGUUGUCACGGUCCUGGGCCAUUGACCCAGUGUUUAGUGUUCUCUGUGCCUCCCUUAUGUUUGGUCUCUGUGUUUCUUAGUUGCUCUGUCUCCCCUGUCAGCUGUAUCCCCUAGUCAAGUCCGCGUCUCAGUGUUACGUUUCCUGUUUUACUUUGAAAGUCUGUGUUUUUGGUGAAUGUAUUGAGUUUUGCUUCCCUUUGGUCUCGUCAUGUCUGAUUUAUCCCAGCUGUGCUCUCCUUCUGUGUCUCAUUCCCUUGGUUAUUCCCCAGUGUAUUUAAGCCCUGUGUUUCUCUAUGUCAGUGUUGUGUCCUCCCUCAUGCUUCCUUGUUUGCCUCUUGGUGAAGUUUAGUUUUUAUUCUCCAGUUUACUUUAGUCCUGUAUGAUUUCUGUGUGUCAGCAAUAAAGCUGCAUUUUGAGUUAUUCCCGUGUGUUGUGAUUUCUACAUUUUGGGUCCUCUUCCUGCCUGCACACAGCCGAUCAUGACAUAUGUCUGAUAUAGCACCUGGCCACACAUUUGUAUUAUUGACACAGUUUUUCAGUUAGUGUUUUCUUCCCAGAAACAAACUGUUCAGUCUUGUAUCUUUAAUGAGAAUUCAGGAGCUGUAUCAACACAUUUUUCAGAUGUCAGUGAUUCACUUCAUGGGUCUAAUAGUCUAUGUUAAUCAUCAUAUUAAGUUUUAAUUUAGAUGAUUAAUGAAAUUUUUAAGAUUCUUCUUCUUCUCUGUCUAAAGCUGACUUUACAGAAUGAAAUUCUCUAAAUUGUCUUAU